GCAGCGCUGCUGGCGGAUGUACACGCCCCGGGGGGGCGGGGAGCGCUCCUAUCACUUCUUCAACCUACAGCCCAGCCCCCCAGGGUGCGCCGGCGGCCGAGCGGCCUUUGGCACCGCGAUUGCCCAGCGGCCGCUCUCCCCGGGACAGCGCCGUCUCCUGGCUGCAAAUCGGUCCCUGGCCGGGCAGAGAGCUCCGCUCCCAGCGCCGCAGGGGUGCCCGGCUAUUACCUCAUGUGACUCAGUCCGCCCCCGGGGCGUGCCCGCCCGGGCGCCCAGGUGCGGCUAGUUUGCGCUCGCCCUCCUGUCACCGCAGCGCGGGGCGCGGCCGGGCUCUUGGCGGUGCAGGUGGCCGGCGGGAGCGCCGCGGAGAAGCCCCGCUGCCCGGGAAGAUGCGACUGGGCUGGAGCAACAGAUUACCACAGCAGAUAUUGAAAUGCCAAUAUUGAUCCUGGGGGGGAUACAGCCUAUCCCUUGCUCCUCUGGCUCGUGAAGCUGUACACUGGUCAUCUUGGCAGCAUCAAGGAAAGAUUCAACUACCAUCUCAACAGGUGCAGAAUGACUGUAGAAUAUGCUUUUGGUACCGAUUGAACGGACACUAGCACGGCUUAUUCAACCUUGUGAAGUUAUCAGGACUUAUGUUAGCAUCAGUGUGUGCUUGGUAUUUGGGAUACCUGUUUGCAGAUAUCGUACCUGAAGAUUCGCUAUCAUCAGCUAUCGAAAAUCUUCAGAGUAUUGGAGAGAAACCAGUACUUAAGGCGCCACCCCCCAAAAGACAGAAAUGUGACCAUUGGUCUCCGUGCUCACCUGGGAGCUAUGCUUAUCGAUUACUCAGUGGUGGUGGCAAGGAAAAGUUUGCCAAGAUUUGUUUUGAAGAUGAGCUGCUCAUAAGUGAACAGAAGGGUAAUGUUGGAAGAGGUAUAAACAUUGCCAUCGUGAAUUAUAAAACAGGAAAAGUUAUAUCUACAGAGUUUUUUGACAUGUGGGAAGGAGACUUCUCGGGACCCAUGACGACUUUCAUUAAAAAUGCACCUCAAGGGUCACUUCUCUUGAUGGUGACCCAUGAUGAUGGAAGCAGCAGACUAAACGAUGGUGCAAAAAAAGCAAUAGCAGAGCUUGGCAGUAAAGAAAUAUGGAACAUGAAGUUCAGGUCAAGCUGGGCCUUUAUAGCUGCCAAAGGUUUCAACCUACCAGAUGACAUUCAAAAAGAAAAGAUCAACCAUUCUGACAAUAGCAAGAACAGAUAUAAUGGCUGGCCAGCUGAAAUCCAGAUAGAAGGUUGUAUCCCAGUAAACCUGAUCUGAUCUUACAUUUUGCUAAUAAAGUCAUAGAAAUUAUUUUUAUAUAUGGUUGCAGUCAUAAAAUCAAUAAGCAUCUAAACAGCUGCUAUAAACUAAUAAAGUCAUAUAUACAAUUUUAA